UCUCUCAAAACUGCGAGUUGAACUAAUUGCUUGUCUGUGAUUGUCAAAUUCGACAUCGUCUAGAUGUCAAGAAGUCUAUAACUAUUUAUUUGUUAUUGUUGUAAUUUUAUCUUGUCAUUUUUCUUUUCAGUAAAAAGAAAUAAAAUACAUUUAAAUAUACACUAAAUCCUAAAUAUAUUUACGAAUUUCUCUUCGUAUAUUUGUAUAAAAAUAUUAAAGUUUGAUACGGUAUAAUGUGUUAUUAAAAUUAUUUUUAAUAAAAAUGACCUCCAACUUGGAGAGUGAGGAUCUCGAAAAUGUUCCAUUGGUCCGUAUGGAGGAUGUGCAGCCUUCGAGAGACAGGGCUUACGAAGUGAAUAGCCCAGAGAUUGGGAAGGAAGAAGUUUUGGAGACUAGUAUAGUUGACAGUGUGGAUUAUGAAAAUGAAUGUGUGAUGGGCAAUGAGGACUCUAAUAUAGGUAGCAUGGUGUCGAUAAAGGUUGAACAGGCUAGCGAGGGUAAUGAUAGUAAUAGUGGAGAGUUAAUUGUACCCGAUUUCAGGGAAACAUAUGAAAUUCCAAUAGAAAUAAAAGUGGAACCAGAAACAGAGACAAAACCAGCUCCGUGCAGUUGGCCAACAUUGGAAAUAUUACCUGGUGGUGUGAUUAAAAAUGCUGAUAAAAGUGAAGAUAGCACAGCAUACAGUAAUGAUACAGACUCGGCAGAUAGCGGCGAGAUGAUGUAUGCAUGUGCCAAGUGUCCUCAGAGUUUUAAGUACCUGUUCCGACUGGUGAAACAUGUUCGAUGGCAUGAAGAUCAGCAGAAAAGGCAAAAAGGGACAGGCAUAUCAAAAUUAACAAUUUUGCAAGACAACAGUGAAGACAGGAGAGUAUACAGUAAUUACACGGACACGACAGAGAGCGGCGAUAUGAUGUAUGCAUGUGCCAAGUGUCCCCAGAGUUUUAAGUACCUAUCCCAGCUGAUGAAACAUGUUCGGUGGCAUGAGGACGACCAGAAAAAGGAAAGAUGGACAGGCAUACCAAAAUUAAAAGCAAAAGAAGACAAAUGUGUGUGUUUACAUUCAGUUAAAAAGAAAAUUAUAUCAAAAACGAAUAAAAGAAAAAUACCAAAGAAGAAUAAAUCAUAGCUCACGCUGUUAUGGAAUGGGAGAGCUGAUAUUACGAAAGUGGUAUUACACAUGCCCCUAAAAUUGGUGCACUUUCAGAGUUUUUAUCUAUGCAAUUGACAGAUUCAUAUGGACUUCUAAGUAUGUAAUGAAAAAGUGAGCGCGGCAACAGUUGAUGAAUUGGACAUUGACCUGUAAUUGAAUACUAUAUUAGUAGUUUUUUUUUUUCUCAAAUUUAACCAGUGAUCAUAACCUAUCCUUUACUUCUGCAUACUGUUUUGUGGUCAUUGAAGAUAGUGAGGACUGUUAAGGAUGGAAUGUUCUCUUUUAUUAUUAUAAUAUAAUAAUUUUAGAGGUCUCCUGACUUAAGAGUUUAAAAACAAAGCAGAUUGGAAAGAGAGGAGUGACUUACAACUGGAUCGCGCCCUGAAUCGGUCAUUGACCCAAUUAACUUAACAAUAAUUUUAUUCGAGUCUAAGAACAAGAACUAAAGUGUAUUAUAUUGAUGUUGACAAAUAUAAAGCUCCAAAUGGAUGGAUGUCAGUUUGUUGCCAUUCCAAUAUUUAUCAUAAAAAAGACAUCUAAUGAGGAAGAAAUGGAUACAUGUAAGAGGCUUUUUUAUUUUGUACAGCGUCUCAUAAACGUUCAAGUGGCUUGGACCUUGAGUCAAAUAUAUAUGUGCUCCAUGAAGAUGAGCCAGCAUCGUCAGCACAUAUAUGCUUGAUAUCCCAUACACGGUAGACUACCCGCGAUCGCGUACAAAUAAGUUUACGAAAGGAACACCUACGUAAAUUGUACCAUAAUAUUGAGGGAUAGCCUGUUCCUCAAAAACGUGUCUGACAGUAUACAUGCACAUUUUUUAAGGAGCCAGAGCCCCCCUUGUAAUCUUAAAUAAUAAUAAUAAUAAAUUAAAAAGAGUGGAUUAUUUUCUUUUCAAUUAAAUCACUUUCAUGGACAAUAUUAUCUAUACGUUGCUUUAGGACGAUGUGGUCACAUGUUCUAUUAAAAAAAAAAUAUAAAAAAAAGAUGGAAGCAUUCCGUCUUUGUCUUCCAUACGGUAAUAGAUUUAUGCUCGACUCAAGCCACUUGAUCAUUUACAGAGUCCGUAAGAUCAGGGCCGGAUUACUCAUGUCGGGCCUCCUAAGUAAUGCAGUUUUCGCUCACAAAAAGCUGCAAUAAUAGUAAUAAAUAAUGCAGUAAUAAUAAAUUUUACAUCAUCAUAUCAUCAUAUGGGGAGUUUUGCCAAUAGUUGCCACGCUUGGCAGGUGGAUUGACAACUACAGUUAGGCUUUGGAGAUGUUUAAAGAGGGCCGCUGCUGCUCAUUCCUCGUCCUUCAAUCGCCUUUUACUACACCCACGGGAAAGAGGGAGGGGGGGCUAUUCUGUGUUGGGACCACAUGUCUAAUAGUUCUAUAUAUACUAACUUAAAAUGCGUAUACAAUACUUAUUGAAAAAAAAAGAAAAUAAUAUUUCAAUGAGGGUUUAUUAAGCAUCAUCCCCCUUAAAUUGUCACCCAAGGCUAACUAUGGUUGCUAGGGGGGAAAGAGAUUGUUAGCAAUAUGCCCUAUUAGGUCGACCUCUACGUGAUUCCCCAUUCAAACCAUCGUGAACAAUUCUUAUUGAAUUCGUCACGAUGGGCUAACUGAUCUGCUUCAUCCACAUCUAUCAUCCUUCACUGGUGUCCCGCCGGUGUAUACCGAUAGUGCAGGUGGGGUUACCAUUCCAUUAUCACCCAUAAAAAAAAAACUUGUUGCCAACCCGUCUGCCAAACAUGGCAACUACUGGCAAAAGCUCCCAAGAGGGAAGCCUACGUUUAACAGUGGACAGUUAAUGCCUGAUAUGAUGAUCAAGGUGUCAUACAAACCUUCAAAUAUAAUUGCCAUUUAAAGAAACUCGAAAAAUUAUUCAUCAGGGCAUGGGGCCUCUAUCCGUUGGAGGGACCCUAGGCGGUUGCCAACACUGUCUAAUGAAUAAUCCGGCCCUGCAUAAGGUACCAAGGACAAAUGUCCUUGACAAGUUUAUAAACAUAAAUGCGCUAAGAUUUAUAUCAUAAUGCAUUACUUUUGUAAAAUAAUAGAAUACCAGUUAUUUAAAGACAUAAGAAACAAAUGUAUAUAUUGAACUGCCAUCGAGAAUAACAAGCGAGAUAUUGAAUUAUUGCAAAUUGUAAAAUAUCGCCUGUUUAGUUUUUUUUUUUUUUUAUAGAAAAACGCACACUAGGGUAAACUAUUCAAUGACUAGCACAAAAUGUUAUUUACUAUUGAUAUAUUAGUAAAACACCAAGAUUCACAAUUUCAAUCGAGAUAAAAGAUACACUAGAUUUUAAGUUAAGAAACCUAACUGAAAACCGCAUGGAAUUUGACGCUGAACUUUUUGGGCGACGCCAGAAUAAUAAAAAAAAAAACAAAUUUAAAAUUAUUGUCUUCUAUUGGUCCUAAUAAGACCCCUCAUAUAAUUUUUUUUAUUAAAUGCCUCCUAGGGACAAACAUGGUGUGCCUGACUACAAUUUCAUUAUAUUAUUAAGAUUGUAUUGUAUUGUAUGGGAGAUAGGCGUGACAGAUAUGUAUGUAUGUAUUGUAUUGUAAAAUAUUUAUUGUACAUAAUUUAUAUUGGACACAUUAAAAGAUUUAAUAUACAAUAGCGGACUUAUCCCAUAGAGGGAUCUCUUACAGUCAACCUUUGAGAAGCUGAAAGAAAACUAUAGAAUGUACAAGGGUAAAAACCGUACAGUUAAAAAUAAACUCAAUAAUAUCUAGUAAAAUUAUAUUUUCAAAAUUUGUAAAUAUCUUUCAGCAUAUUUUUUUUUUACUACAAGCACUCAUUUUUAAUGAGUGCAUGGUUGAACUCGUCCAAUUCUUAUUGCAGUUUGUGAUUGUAGAUCUUGGGUUUUUUAUUGGUAUAUCAAUGUUUUUUUAUACAUUUUCAGGUAACAUAUCCCCCUGGUGUGCGAGAAGCUUAUGAGUAAUAUAUUUAAGUUAUUGUGUGUGUGUGUGUGUGUGUCUGUGUGUUUUGUAUGGACAUUUUAAUUGUAAGUGACGUCCACACAAAAUAUUUUGCAAGCAGCGAAAUAUCGUACAUAAGAUUUUACAAGAGAAACAAAAUUGAACUACUUAAAUCGUGGUGAAAUCAGUAUGGGACCAACACGGGGCUUAACCCUGUUGAUUGCAAAAAUAAUCACCAAAAUCAGUAUUUAAUUGACGAUCGGAUCGCGGAACACUACAAAAUAUAACUUUACACACUACAUUGUUUUGUAAUUCGGUAGAAAUAAAAACUAUAUUAUAUUUUCAUACAAAAUUUGAUUUAUUCUAGAUCUCGUAAAAAAUAUUUUUUUUUGCCAUAUAGAAUAUAUUAUUUUAAAUGUUUGCAAAAUGUGUUCAGUGUGAAUAGUCCUUAAUGUUUUAACUAGUAAGACCAAAACUAUGUAAGUACUGUUUUUUAUCGAAAAUUGUUACUUUCCUAAAUUGUAAACUUUAAAAGCGUUCAUAACUUUAGCUUGCCGAAGUGUCGCAACGUCGCAAUUUUCAAAAAAACAAUUUACAUAAUAAUUUUCAAUGUUUUUGGCUUGGUUUUUUAACAGUUUUGUGCUAGAGAAUUUAAAAGUUUAUAAUGCAAUAUUAUAAGUAUUAAACUAUUAUUCAAAAUUUGUAUAUUGAUUGCGAAAAUGUAUUUGAAAAAUUCCAAAAGCAAAAAAUGAUGUAGUUGCCAAGUUUUUUUUUAUGGUUGAUUUAUAUGCAACGUAUUCUAUGAUUAACUUUAUUAGUUCGCUAUCAGGGCAUCUUUUAAAUAAUCAAUCGGAAACAUUGAGAAACAUUCAAUUGCAUUUGACAAGGAGGGGGGGGGGGGGGGUUAUUAUUAUUUUUUUAUACAGCUUAGAAUGGCAAACAAGCUGACGGCCCACUUGAUGGAAAGUGGUAACCGUCGCCUAUAGACAUAAGCAGUAGCAUGGACAUAACAGAGUAUACUGUUUCGCCCAUGAUACCCCCCAUGCGUUGUCAUUCCUGAGUUGUUAUUCCUCUGGUGUUAUUCCUCUGUACCCAGUAAAUUCAAAUUGUUGAUAAUGGAAUGGUAACCCCCUCCCGGGGGGAUCCUAUCAUCCAUCACAGGUGCCCCACCAGCGCAUACCAUUAGCGUGGACGGGGUUAUCUAUCUAUUGUAUUUUUUUUUAAAUUGUAUUUGUACAUUGACAGAUAAUUGGGACGUUGUCACACUUCGGUAAGCUAAAGUUAAUAGAGUACAAAGUGCCAAGAUUUUAUUUUGAAGUACCUUAUUUUUAAUUCGCAUACGAUCUGCAAAUUUGUUUUAUUUUAUAGUGAUAUAAUUAAUUACAUUAAGUCCAAAUUUAUUUACGGCCUUUUAUCGUGUUAUUAUUAGACCAAUCUCAUCUUAGAGGCUAGCAGAUUACGGACUAAGCCGAACAAUUUGAUCGCCUUCCCCACUCCCCUGGAAAGAGAUUGGUAAUAAUGGAGUUCCCUAUUGUCAUUACUAGCAUCAGGCCUUCAUGCGGUCCCUCCUGGAUUUUAUCCUGAUUAAUUGCUGGUGAAUUAAUCACAAACUGUCUUGUUCGUCCUUACUUGUCACCCCUCACUGGUGCCCCGCCAGCGUAUACCGAUAGCACAGGUGGGGUAUGUAUUCCAUUUUCAUCCCAUUAACACCUUCCUACCCUUAUCCCAAUUAUUAUUUGUGGUCGGCGUAAUAUGAUUUUAUCCAUAUUACAAAAAGAUUUGGCUUAUAGUUUUACGACCGGCUGCCUGUCUGACGUCAACUAAGCUGUCAUAUAUAUUUUAUUCUAUAAUUAUGUAGCCAAAUUCUUAGCAAUUUUUUUUAUAGUAUGGUAACCUCGCCUGCGCUAAUGGGAUACGCUGGCGGAGCACCAGUGAACGGUGAUAGAUGAGAAUGAAAACAGGCCAGUUAGCCCAUCAUGAUGAAUUCAUCAGGAAUUAACCAUGAUAAUUUCCAGGGGGAACCACGAGGAGGUCGACCUGGUUGGGUAUAUUGAUAACAAUUGGAUUCUCAGUCUCCAUUACUUACAAUCCCUUUCCGCCCUCUUAGCAAUAUUAUAAAUGAGAAAGUGAGUUUGUUUGUUACCUCUUAACGCCUUAACUACUCAUUCAAUCCUAUUAACUAUUGCAUCAGAAUUGAGGUUGGUCUUUAACUAAGUGUAUUGUUUGUUAUAUUAGGGGCCAUUGUUGUUUAUUAGUCAAUUAAUAGAGCUAUAAAUAACAUUGAUUGUUUGUUAUUAUAAAAGUUUUAUUAAUUUUAAAAUAAACUUAAUUUUAUUUCAGUUUUAAUAA